CUCCUGACUCACAAAACAUAAGAGGCAUAGUGACAGAAGCGUUCAUUUACUACUCAUCCAUGGCGGUCCAGGCUUGGUUCAAGGACGAUUUCGAUGAAGAUCCAAGGCUUCCUCACUAUCGAAACCCCGAUGAAUUUGUGUCUAUGGACCAAUUGGCAGAAUUGGGAGUGCUGCACUGGAAGCUGAAUCCAAACGACUACGAGAACGAUGAAGAGUUGCGGAAGAUUCGAGAGACGAGGGGAUACAAUUACAUGGAUCUGCUGGAUUUAUGCCCAGAAAAAGUGGAAAAUUACAAGGAGAAGUUGAAGAUCUUCUAUACGGAGCACAUUCAUCAGGACGAAGAGAUUCGAUAUUGCUUGGAAGGGAGUGGAUAUUUUGAUGUGAGAGGCAAACAAGACCGUUGGAUCCGCAUUUUGGUCAAGCCAGGUGAUCUUAUCAUCUUGCCUGCUGGAAUCUACCAUCGCUUCACUCUUGACACUAGCAACUAUGUGAAGUUAAUGAGGCUGUUUAGGGGAGAUCCAGUAUGGACAUCAUACAAUCGGCCCCAGGAAGAUCACCCUGCCAGAAAGGAAUAUCUUCAAAGCUUUCUGAAAACUGGUGUGCCACUUGAAGCCCAUUAGGACUCUUUCAUUUCAUCUCUCUCUCUCUCUCUCUCUCUCUCUCUAUAUAUAUAUAUAUAUAUAUGUGUGUGUUUGUUUUGUGUGUGUGUGUGUGUGGUGGGCGUCCUAGAGAUAAUCCAUGUAUGAACCUUAUUAAGCGCUGUUGUUAUUGAGAUGAAACUCUGUUUGAACAAAUUUAAGAGCUCUCUCUUUGGACCUAUGAACAUUGCUGUCUUGAGAUUGUGUUUGUGUAAACUAAUCUGAAUUGAGAUGCGA